CCUCGCCUUCCGGAUCCGGAAAUUUCUGUUGAGAGACUCGUGGCGCCGGCAUCGCCAUGGCCACGGGGGACGUGGUGCCGAGACCGCCGGAGCACGUCCGCUGCAAGAACUUUGGGUGCAACAAGUACUUUGACCCUAGAUGUGCAGAUCAGACAACGUGCGUCCACCACAGGUUACCGCCUGUUUUCCACGAAACUGCCAAAUACUGGGCAUGCUGCCCAGACAAAAAGGCGUACGACUGGGAUGAGUUCAUGAAGAUCCCAGGCUGUCAAACAGGUCACUGCACGGAUGUGACCAAGGACAAGAAGUUCCUUGGAGGUGCGGACCUGCGUGCAGAGAACGCACCCAAGCGCCUAGAUGACGAAGUUCCAGUGGAUCCCCGGAAGAAGCUGGACCGCUUUGACCGCUUUGAGCGCUUUGAGCACGUUGGCUUCGUUUCCCUCGUGGGUUCGGGCGGAUUUGGCUGCAGGACAAGCUCAGAGAAGGUGCCGGCGGACGACUUCGACCGCGCCUGGGGCCGCCUCUCGGCUCAGCUCGGGGACCGAACGGCUGCGAGAUGCGGGAGAUCGCUAUGGAAAGCUUUCAAGUUCCUCGGAUAGGACUUGAGCCUCGUCGUCCAACGGAUGAACCAGCUCUUCACAGAUGUGCUGCAAAAUGCGGACACCGAUGAUGUGAAUCUGCCAGAUUGAGCCCAAAAUGGCACACCGAGCUGUAUGUGACAGCUGGCAAUAUGGAGGCUUGGCCCAAAGUGGGGGCACCCACGGUGUUGCUUGCCUCCAGAUUGUCGCACGGCUCCAGCUUGCAAGCCAUAGACCUAGUCAGGAG